AUGCCCUCCUGCACGUGUCGCUGCAGCUGCGGCCGCGGGGCCCCCGGGGGGCCCCUGGGGGCCCCCCCGUUGUUCGCACCUCCGAGCAGCUGGAGCUGCGUGUGCGAGCCUCUGGACACUUUGGUGGAGGAGACGGACUUAGUUGACGGGGCUGGAGUGGUGCUGCUGCACCGUUCGGCGUGCGUGUGCAUGCAGCAGCAGCAGCAGCAGCAGCAGCAGGAGUCCGAGGAGGAAGCAGCAGCGUGGCCGCUGGGGGCGGCCGGGGCGUCGGCAGCAGCAGCAGCGCUGCAGCGGCCGGCGCUGGGCGGGGGCGUGCUGCCGCUGGCCGCGGCGAACCGCGGGCUGGCCCCCGCAGCAGCAGCAGCAGCAGCAGCAGCAGCAGCAGCAGCAGCAGGGCCGCGGGGCCUGAACGACCCGCUGGUGGACCUCUGGUUCGCCACCGGCGGCCUCGUGGGCCUCGUCAACUUGGCCAACACUUGCUUUCUAAACGCUGCAGUGCAGUGCCUUUCUGCUGUUCUUCCUUUUUCCCGCUACUUCCUCAGCGGCGCCUACAAGGCCGACAUCAACGAACAAAACUGCAUGGGCACGCAGGGCCGCCUCGCCGACGCCUACGCGAAGACCCUCAAGGCGCUGUGGGCUUCGAACGAAACGGCUUUCGGCCCCCGGGAGCUCAAGUGGGCCGUGGGCGAGGUGCGGGAAGAGUUCCUCGGCUUCGCCCAGCAAGACACUCAAGAGCUGCUGGCGUUUUUGCUCGACGGCAUUCACGAAGACCUCAACAGAGUCCGCAAGAAGCCUUACUACGAGGUAACUGGGCUGGAGGCGGUGGCAGCCGCAGCAGCAGCCGCAGCAGCAGCCGCAGCAGCAGUUGCAGCAGCAAGUUGUUCGAGAUAG